AUGCCUCGCCGAGCAGAUGAUCCCAAUCUAGCUGUCGCUCCCAAUUUCCAAUCACCCGAAUAUGCAGAAGCGCGAGCCCAAAUCACCAGUGACGCAGUCGACGACCAACAAGCGGCUACAAUUCUAGCCAAUCUCUGGCGCAUCCAAAACGACGCAGACAAGCGCAAUUGGGCGGCUAGACUAGAAGCUGAAGCACAAGAAGCAGAAGCAGAGCGCAGGGAGGCAGCCGAAGAAGAAGCCCAGCGCCAACUAACUCUGAAAGCUGAACAGGAAGCCGCUAUCCAGGAAGAGUGCAAGAAGAACAAGGCCAAAUACGCCCCGAUCAAGGACAUAGAAGUUCCUUCUGACCCCAUCAUCCUCCCCUGCCAAUACGCCAUACGAAAAAUGAAGUCCGGCGAGUACUGCGAAUUAUUCUACUUCACUAACAACGGCUUGGAGGAAGCAUCCAGAUCUACCUUCACAGCGGAUGAAGACGCCCUCGUCAUGAUGCCUACCUCAGACGGUCUACACAAAUGGAUCCCCGCCAGCGCCGCCAGAGACCCCAAAGCACAAGUCAUCAAAGAUGAAAAUCUGACUUGGGAACAGUUCAAUGAAUCCGCCCCACGCAUGAUCACCCUCAUG